GGGGGCGGGUUGCUUAUUUCCACAGUGCACCUGCGGCUCAAACUGCAGAGAAAUGCCCGCAGCCUUUGUUUUAUUCAGAUUAAAUACUUUGUGACUAAUUGUGUAACGCGUGCCUGAUCAGAUUAUUUGGACUAGGUUUGACUAUCAGUGAGCGGGUGCAGAUGCGGUGCACAGGGACUGCUCUCUCGCCCGCAGGAGCGACCUUUGACCAGAGAGAGGCAGGUGCGCGCUCUGCGCGGCGCUAUAAAAGCGGCGCUCCGGCUGGAGCUGCGCACCAGGUAGGGCAGACAGUCAUGGCUCCAAGACCUCAAGCAGGGAAUGAGUCUUCCCCCACUAUGGAUGACAAGGCUCCGGGUAAAGAGGAAGCUUUACCACCAUCUUACUCCACUUUGGCUCUGGUGAAUGAGGAGGCUGAAGAAGAUCCCUGGGAUCUCCCAGAACUGCAAGACACAGGGAUCAAGUGGUCAGACUUGGAUACAAAAGGAAAGGUUAUGAGAGUGCUGAGUGCUAUCAUGAAGUUGAUUCUUCUUCUUGGAUUGCUCUACCUGUUUAUUUGCUCGUUGGAUAUUCUCAGCUCUGCUUUCCAGCUAGUCGGAGGCAAAGCUGCUGGCGACAUCUUCCAGGACAGUGCUGUACUAUCCAACCCUGUGGCUGGGUUGGUGAUAGGGGUGUUGGUCACAGUGCUGGUACAGAGCUCCAGCACCUCUUCUUCUAUUGUGGUCAGCAUGGUAUCUUCUGGGUUGCUGGAAGUAAAAUCUGCAGUGCCGAUCAUCAUGGGAGCAAACAUUGGGACAUCUGUCACUAACACUGUUGUGGCCAUGAUGCAGGCAGGAGACCGGAAUGAGUUCCGCAGGGCAUUUGCAGGCGCUACAGUCCACGAUUUCUUCAACUGGCUGUCCGUGCUGAUUCUCCUUCCCUUGGAGGCAGCCACAGGAGUCCUCUACAGACUCACCCACCUCCUAAUUGAAUCUUUCAACAUCCAGACUGGAGAGAAUGCCCCCGACCUGCUUAAUGUCAUCACGGACCCCCUCACCGACUCCAUCAUCCAGCUGGACAGAAAAGUUAUCAAUGACAUUGCAACUGGGGAUCCCGCAGCAAGAAACAAGAGUCUGAUCAAAAGGUGGUGCAACAUAGAGACCAACUUGACGAUCUGGAAUGAGACGGUAGAGAGCUGCCCAGUUGGUGGCGUCUGUUUCGUGGACGGAAACCUGACCUUGCAUGAGAAGAACCUCACUGAGAUUCUUAGCCAAGAAAGAUGCCCUCACCUCUUUGCCAGCAUCGAGUUGCCAGACCUCGCCGUUGGCCUCAUUCUCUUGGGGCUGUCUCUGCUCGUCCUCUGCAGCUGCCUCAUCCUCAUUGUCAAGCUCCUCAACUCCAUGCUGAAGGGACAGGUGGCUGUUGUCAUCAAGAAAGUGCUCAACACAGACUUCCCCUUCCCCUUCGGUUGGGUCACUGGCUAUAUUGCAAUCAUGGUGGGUGCAGGGAUGACCUUCAUCGUCCAGAGUAGCUCAGUUUUCACCUCAGCUAUAACACCUCUUGUUGGUAUUGGUGUCAUUAGCCUUGAGAGAGCAUAUCCUUUGACACUGGGUUCAAACAUCGGCACGACUACCACAUCUAUACUUGCUGCAAUGGCUAGCCCUGGAGAAACACUGGAAAACUCCUUGCAGAUUGCACUUUGCCACUUCUUCUUCAACAUUAUGGGCAUCCUACUGUGGUAUCCCAUCCCCUUCAUGCGGGUGCCCAUCAGGCUGGCCCGAGGACUGGGGAACAAAACAGCCGAAUACCGCUGGUUUGCCGCCGUCUACCUCAUUCUGUGCUUCCUCGUUAUGCCUUUGUCUGUCUUCGGCCUGUCCCUGGCCGGCUGGCAGGUCCUGGUUGGCGUGGGCGUGCCCAUCAUUGCGUUAACCGUCUUUGUGAUCAUCGUCAACAUGAUGCAGUCCCGAUGCCCCGACAGCUUGCCCAAGGUCCUCCGCAGCUGGAACUUUCUGCCCCGACCGCUGCGCUCCCUUGCUCCGUGGGACAAAGUGGUGACUUCCACAUUCUCAUUCUGCGGCACACGCUGCUGCUGCUGCUGCAAGUGUAGCAACUGCUGCAAUAAGCAGGACGAGGAGGAAAAGAUCUCAAAGAUUAGCAGGAAGAGCCUGGAGAUGUAUGACAAUCCAGCCAUGUCGAAAGACGAAGACGAAGUUAAAGGAACAGAGUUUUAAUUUCAGUUAAAUCUGUAUCUAUAGGCAAUACUUAUGAUGUUUUUUUAAUGAUUUUUUCAAUUUAUUGUACAGACCGACUAUCUGCUAUGACUUCAUAUACAGUAUGGAUGUCUGCGAUACGAUAAGUUGGCAUAUUUUUAUAUUUGAUAUGUGUAUAAUAUGCUUUUGGUUUUAUUUUCAACUCUGAACAUUUAAACUUCAAACAUUUAAUGUAGCAUGUAAAUGUAAUAUUGUUUGUAUAUGUUAUCCCUCAGUAUUUAAGACCGUUUAAUAUUUGUGAAUAAAAAAAACAAAAAUUGUUAUUUUUAAAGUG